AUGGAGCCCGACCUUGAAGGUACUGCGGAAGCCCCUCGCGCGAAAGCAGCAGUGCGUAUUUCUCAACAACAUGAUAAUACUGCCGAUGAUAUUGAGCGCGAGGCUGUGAAAAGCUCGCAAUCUCUUCAGUUCGAGGGUAUUCGUCGUCGCAAUACUGAUCAGUAUGCUGAUGCUGUAAGAGAGAGCACAACAUCCUCAGCUGACACGGAGAGAACCUUGUCCCAAGAGAAAUUAAGGAAAAGUAAGGAUACGCCUAGCCACGAUGAGUUAAUGGAGAAUUUGAAGAAAGACUACAUCUGGGAGGAUUUCGAAACUGGUAUUCCAAAGCUUGCUCGUUUUCAAGGAACCCACAAAGACUUCGCGAUCUUCCGUGCAUUCCACGAAAACCAUAUUCGUAUUUUGAUUCAUAAAGAGAUUGAGCUUACAGAUAUUGCACGAAAACUUCGGAAAAGGGACGAUAAGGACCUUGCAGCAUUGAACACACCGGCGUUCUAUAGAUUGAAGGGACACUUACAUGAACAAGAGAGGGAAGAAGUUGUAUCUGACGAUAAUGAGAGCCAGUAUCGUUCAUGGACCAAAGAUACACUCAUGUCUCUAUUGGAAACUAAACAAAAGCAAUAUGAUGAGGUAUUGCUGGCAUAUGCCAAAAUUAACGCUCUUCACCGCCCCCCAAAAAGAUGUUAUGAUUCGGUUUUCCAUUGGAUAUUGAAUAUCCGGCCCCUCGGCGUUAGUCGUCUCAAUGGCAAUGAGGCAGAGGAAUUCAUGUAUCAUCAUAAUGACUUCAUCUCUUUAAACAACAGAGAGAGAGACAACCCUUUCAAAGAAGUGCUUGGCAGCCAUCUUUUCAAGUAUCCUGGGUCGCCUCUAAAGCAAUUUCUCAAGACAAAAGGCGAUGAACAAACAUCAUAUUACGAUGAAGAAUUGCAGUCGGGCUUGGCCUAG